UCUUAAUAAACCUAUUUAAGUAAAGCUAUGAUUCACGAGUAGUCCUAAAAAGAUACUCACAAUGGAGAGCGAAGCAGGCGAUCGAUUUUUCGUUGCGGUGCACGUCGGCGCGGGGUUCCACUCGCCGUCGAACGAGAAGGCCCUCCGCUCCGCCAUGAAACGCGCCUGUCUGGCGGCGGCUUCGCUUCUCCGGAAGGGUUCUGGUGGAUGUAUUGAUGCUGUUGCAGCUGCAAUUCAAGUUCUGGAGGAUGAUCCUUGCACGAAUGCUGGGAGAGGAUCAAAUUUGACUGAGGAUGGUCGUGUAGAAUGUGAUGCCAGUCUAAUGGAUGGUGACUCUGGAGCUUUCGGUGCUGUUGGAGCAACGCCAGGUGUUAGAAAUCCCAUCCAGAUUGCUGCGUUGCUAGCCAAAGAACAGAUUUCGGGUUCAUCACUCCUGGGUCGAAUUAGUCCUAUGUUCUUGGUCGGCGAAGGGGCCCAUAUGUGGGCGAAGUCCAAGGGUAUUGCGACUGAUGGCACUAUAGAGGAGGCGGAUGAGUGGUUGGUGACUGAAAGGGCUCGAAUUCAAUGGAAAAGAUACAAGGAAAUGCUUGAUGAUGCCAAAGCUAGAGAGGCUCAAUCACAUGAUCUUCCAAAGGUAAAGAAAAGUAGGAAUCAAUCUUAUUCAUUGAGUACACUAGAAGAGGACGCUAUAUUAGACACGGUUGGAGUAAUUUGUGUCGAUUCUGAGGGACAUAUAGCUUCCGGAGCCUCAAGUGGUGGCAUUGCCCUUAAGGCCAGAGGCCGUGUUGGACUAGCAGCAAUGUACGGUGCUGGUUGUUGGGCAUCCUCAAGAGGCCCUUUUGAAGCGCCUUUUAUUGUCGGUUGCUGUGUUAGUGGUGCCGGAGAGUACCUAAUGAAAGGAUUUGCUGCUCGUGAAUGCUGCAUAUCUUCAUCAUUGUCUCCGGCCGGCCCGGUUAAUGCCUGCUCGAAAGUAUUGAAAUCUGUCGUUAAAAGUGGCGAAUGCGCGAGCGAGCAGAGUGCUGGAGUUUUACUUGUUCAAGCUGAUACUUCUCCUCUGGGUGGUGGAGAGCUUAAAACUGUGGAAAUAGCAGCUGCGUUUACUGCUUCUUCUUUCGGAAUAGGUUAUUUCGGGAGCUCGAUGGAGCGGCCCAAGGUCUCCAUUCUAAGAAGCACAAGACUGCAGAAUCAAAAUGGAGUUGACACGUUUGCUGCAAGAAUUCAUCUCGAUUCUCAGAAAUUAUAGUCACUCCAGCUUUGGAUGAUUAAUUAAUGAUUUUAUUUUUAUUUUCUGGACUUUUUAUAUGGUUAUCUAAUUUUACCAAAAACUAAUUUGAAUAUUUCUUUCCUUCUGCAA